UUGUACAUACAUCAUAUAGUUGAAUCAGCAUUUUUUGCAUAAACGAUAGAAUAUAAUUGCAUAUACACGUAAAUAAACACAUGAAACAACAGUAUCGGAAAAUUUAAGUAUGGCGUUAAUCCUAUCAGCUGAUAUCGUCUGCUGGAAUGACGAAUCGUAGUUAUUAAAUGGUUACACAGUGCUCCCAAACAUCAUAAACAGAUUCUUUUAUUCUAUGGAUUUUCUGAUAAAUUAAUAAAUUUAUAAUAAUUUAGAGUUGUUUUUUUUAAUGACGCAAUGAUUUGUUCGAAGUUUGUAAUGGUGAAAAUACUUGGUAUAUACGAAUUCGACCGUGUGCGUCAUUGACAGGUGGGAUAGGAAUAUGGGGAAAUAGAUAGGAUUAGUUGUGUAAACGAUUUUUCAAGUGAUCGGGUGGAAAAGGAAUCUGCCGAAUAAUUAGCAGAUUCGGUUGUAAUGAGCGACUCCGAACAGCGGCAAUUACACGUGCCUUAUCGAGAGUAUCACAGCCAGAAUAGUACCAAUACUUCUGCCUUGGUGGAAACUGAUGCACUGGUAGAUCUCUCAAUAACAUCUAAUAAUUGUUUACCAGUAAAUAACGAGUGUUCAGAGCUAAUACCAGACGUUGAAUUUGUUCCCAACCUGAGCAACGAGCAAACUAUAGCCAUUGAUUCCCCUGGAAUUGACCGGGAGAGCCAGCCUCUCCUUGGUCGACUGGAACUUGAUGUCACCUUCAAUCGUUUUCCUGAUGAUCCACAAUUCUCUGAAUUAGUGUGGCAGGCUGAAUUGGCAAUAGAUAAUGGAAUCUUCCCAGAAAGAAUAUAUCAAGGAUCUAGUGGCAGUUAUUUUGUAAAAAAUCCUGCAGGGAAAGUAAUAGGUGUUUUUAAGCCAAAAGAUGAGGAACCUUAUGGAAGAUUAAAUCCAAAAUGGACAAAAUGGAUGCACAAGCUCUGUUGUCCAUGUUGUUUCGGGAGGAGUUGUUUAAUACCAAAUCAAGGAUAUCUCAGCGAGGCGGGAGCAAGUUUAGUUGACCGUAAAUUAGGUCUGGGCAUAGUUCCAAAUACUAGAGUAGUGAAACUUGUCAGUAAAACGUUUAACUACCCACGCUUAGACCGUCAGAAAGUCCGUAUGAAGCAAGCGAUUAUGGAUCAGUUUCCAACAGUGGGCUCCCAUUUCAAUCGUAUCGGUUUACCGCCGAAAGUUGGCUCUUUCCAAGUUUAUGUAGACGGUUACAAGGAUGCCGAUUAUUGGUUAAGACGAUGGGAGAGUGAACCUUUGUUACCCCGACUUUGUAGAGAAUUUCAACUUCAAUUCGAACGUUUAGUUAUUUUGGAUUAUAUAAUUAGGAAUACUGACAGAGGGAACGAUAAUUGGUUAAUCAAGUAUGAUAACAGUAUGGGAAAAAACGGAUCGGAACAGGUUGAAGUGAAAAUAGCCGCUAUAGACAAUGGUUUGGCCUUUCCUUUUAAACAUCCUGAUUCCUGGCGUGCCUAUCCUUAUCACUGGGCAUGGUUAAGUCAAGCGAAGCAACCGUUUAGCGAUGUAACGCGAGAGCUUGUAUUACCACAACUCUCGGAUCAAAAUUUUGUACAAGAUCUUUGUGACGAUUUAUAUCAGUUGUUUAAACAAGACAAAGGUUUCGACCGACACCAUUUUGAUAAACAAAUGAGCGUGAUGCGCGGUCAGAUAUUAAAUUUGCAACAAGCUUUAAAGGAUGCCAAAAGUCCUGUGCAAUUGGUUCAAAUGCCUGCCGUGAUCGUUGAAAAAUACGUACAACCAACGCGAGUAAAGUCGUUCGCUCCUGUAAGAACGUAUAAUCCACCUUCGAAGAUGCUCGAAGCUAAAACUACGUAUCAUCUGUCGUAUUUGAACGUGGAUCGUGCAGAAAUGCGGCAGAGUCGAUCCCAACCCAUUCGACCCGCAGCUGCUCUCGCCAAAUCCGAUGUCCCGUUUUCAGCCGAGACUACCAAUAAAUUGAGUUAUAAACUUAACGAGAAUAUUUCUAGAACGAAACCUAUCAUACCCAGACAAAGGUCGAUGAUAGGAUCUGGUCGAAUGGACAACGUUACAACCAUUCGCCACGAUUAUCAACGCAAAUACGUCGAGAAACCAGAGAUGAUAAUGCCCUGUGGGAACAUUCGUGUAAGUAGCGGGCAAUUGGACGCUAGCACCACCGCGAAACUUUCUUACGUCGACCCAGGCCCUACGGAACCGACGAUUAAUUUUAAGCCGAUCACAGCCUACUGUCCACCUAGUGAACCGAUAUUCGACGACACUACGCACAAAUUAAGCUAUCAACCAGUCUGCAUCGAGGCAAAAGAUACGUGUCCCUGGCAGCAAAAACCAACAUACAAACCUCCUGACGUUGCAAUGUGCGGAAAGACAACGUAUUCUGAAAGUUACUUGCAAAACGAAGAACCACGUAUGGAAGAACCUGUUCGACCGACGAUAGCCGAUGUACUUCCCCACGGUGGUGAAUUUCACGGAAAGACUAUUUACAAAGAAAGUUACUUGGAAUUGGCGGGUAAGGUUAAGCGUGUGGAACCAAUUCUUCCUUGCAACAGUAUCUCGAAGCCUGGUGGGAAAGUAUCGGCGGACACGACGAGCAAAUUGAGCUACCAACCCGUUCAAAGUGAAAAACGCGCACCAAUAUUACCUCGACAUAGAAAUAUGUUGGGAGAUGGCCCCAUGCAAACCAAGACAACUAGUCGUUGCGAUUUCGUGAAGAAAGUAACACUGCGACCCGAACUCAUUAUUCCGUGCAAUAAUAUUCGAAACGCGGAAACAGCGAUCGACGAUAGAACUACGACGAAAAUGUCUUAUGUGAAACCUGACCUGGUAGAAUCGGUUCAAAGUUUCAAACCUGUUGUUCAGUAUAAAAAAUUACCAGAAAAAAUUGAAUGCGACACCGUAAACAAGCUGUCCUAUCAGCCCUGGACUCUUACUCCGAAGGAAACUGUACCAUGGGCGGUUAAAGGAAAAUAUCAACCACCUACCAAUCCUAUGUGCGCCGAUACUAUCUAUCACGUUAGUUAUCCCGCACCUGGACAUUACGAAGAAAUCUGCGGGCCGGAAAAUUGCAAAGAUCCAUCGUGUCCCGCGAUACAAUCAGAGGCGAUUGCGAACGAUGAAAAUAGUUGCAACCAAUGAACCCCCUCCCUUUCUUCGCCUACCGAAAUACAACGUGUUUAUUCAAUUCAACUCCUCCACGCGAUAUCUCUGCAAUUCUAAACGACACGAAAAAAUUUGGAGGUCGAAUUAAAAGCUAUUUUAUUCGUUACGUCAAUGUACGAACACAUCUUAUUUUACACUUAUAUAGUAAUUAUUGUAUACAGGGCGAUUAAGAGUAAUAAUAACGUAUAUCUUUUACAAACAGUAAAAUUGUUCUCGAUAAUAAAAUAAACUCUAAUCUUUGAUAAAAGAUCAAUAGACAAUGUUAACGUACUACACCCUUCACAAGUUCAGUUUUAACCUGGCGUGUAAAUUACAUUCAUCCAUACACCCACGCGCAUACACAUACGUAUACGCAUGCA